CUUCCUGUGCCGCCGCAGCCGCUGUUUCCGGGUCAGCGGCGCACGCAGCGCACGUGGGGGUCGGCGUGGAGCGGGGCCAGGGUUUCCUUUGAGGUGUGUAUCCUCGCAAGGUGAAGCGAUGACGUCCCUCGCGGAGCAGCUGAAGCGGCUCGCCCUUCCCCAGACCGACCCCAGCCUCCUGAACCGCUCUGAGGCAGCAUCGCUGCUGUUCGACUGCAAGGAAGCUGCUGCUAUUGACAGGGACACGUUCUUUGCCAUUGGAUGCACUGGCUUAGAGGAGUUGAUGGGGAUCGAUCCUUCCUUUGAAGUGUUCCAGUCCAGCUUGUUUAGUUCCAUGUCCAAAGGCUUGGAACGCAGUGUUCAGACUAAAGCAGUAAAUCAGCAGCUCAAUCAGAAUAUUUCAUUGUUCCUGAUUCACCUGUCCCCUUACUUUAUGCUAAAGCCUGCGCAGAAGUGCCUCGAAUGGCUCAUUCACAGAUUUCAUAUCCACCUCUACAAUCAAGAUAGUUUGAUUGGUUGUGUUCUGCCGUAUCAUGAGACUAAACUAUUUGUGAGGGUUAUUCAGCUUUUAAAUAUAAAAAGCCCAACUCAUAAAUGGCACUGGCUGGAUCCAAUAAGGAAACCAGGCGUCCCCCUGGCAAGAGGUACUCUCAUUACACACUGCUACAAAGACCUGGAUUUCAUGGAUUUCAUCUGCAGACUGGUGGCAAAAUCUGUGAAGGUCUUUUCAGAAUGCACUAGCAACUCUGCUCAACUGAGAGUUCUUCUUGCAUUUUAUGCCUCCACCAUUGUAUCAGCUCUUGGAGCUGCAGAGAAGAUAACAGACAGUAUAGUCUCCAUGCUGCUCCCCUACAUCCAAAAGGGCUUGAAGUCUUCUGUACAGGACUAUAGAGCUGCAACAUAUAUGAUAAUAUGCCAGAUGACAGUAAAAGUGACUGUGGAUUCCUCCUUGGUGCAUUCCUUGAUGUUACAGAUAAGCAAGACAUUACCUAAAGUGCCCUCAUUAGCCAGGGAAGGGGUUGCUUGCCUGAACCUACUUCUGCAAACUCAGAAAGGAGAUAAUCUUGGGAAAAAGCCAUUUAAUUAUCUGUGCAGGAGCCCAGAACUGGUGACACUUUUGCAGAGCCUUUCAGAAAGCUACGAUAUCUCUCCUCUUCUGCGUUACCUGUUGCCUCAUCUUAUCUGCAGCAUCGUGAAAUGUGAUGCAGAGGAACAGGAAGAUUCUGAGGAGAGAGAGGAUCAUAUUUAUAUCAAACUUCUUGAAGGUAUUCUUCAGAGUAUACCGCUGGAAAAGGAUUUAGAUCACCUUUUGGCUUCCAAGUUUCUUGAAGAGUUAAUCUCCUAUGGUACAGAGAUUGAAUCUGAUCCCACCAAAAUGGCUGCAGUCAGUCAAAAGCUGCUUCCUCUUAUCAGACUUCUUGAGAGAAAGUAUCCCAAAGCCUUAGACUCUGUGUUGGAGGAGCAUCUGAAAAGUGCUAUGAAUCAGACCAACCAAAAUAUUUUUCACCAGUUUAUUUCUCUUUCAUUAAGCUGUGGCAAAUACAAGAUUCUGGAAGACUCUGAUACUUCACUCCUGCUUAGUUUGAAUCAUCCUCAGCCAGCUGUGCGAGUCCUGGCUCUUCAGCAUUUAAAAGAUGUUAUUGAAACAUCAAAGUUUCUUGAGGAAGGCUUUGAUCAGUCAUUCAUAGAAGAAGCAAUUUUGGGGCGCCUCAAGGAUGACAACAGAGACGUUGUCAUGUCUGCUUUCAGUGCUUUGGAGAUUUUCAGGAAACAUAUAAAUCCAGAAGUAGUGGUUUCAAGCCUUCUUAGCAUUUUCCAGCGAGCUGAUCUUUCAAAGGAUGGAAAGUGGUAUACAGUUCUGGAGCGAGCAAUACAAAUUUUAGUCAAAGAGGAGAUUUUAAAAGAGAAGAAAGAACUACUGGAUGAGGCAGUAAUGCAGUUGUUACCCUUUAUGGUGAUCACUAAUGCAAAUUCAAAAUCUUCAGAAUGGAAAAUGGCCAUUUGUCUAUCAGAAUCUGACCUCUGCUCCUUACAUCCUUUGCUGAAAGACUGGCCAGAAGUUCUUCAGGAAGCAAUUAAAUCGAGCAAGUCUGCAGAACUGGCUGGAGUGGUCAACAAGAAGAUGAUUCUGCUGUUUUCUAAAAACAUGACUUCAGGGGACUCUUCCUUACUGUUGCAAAUGGUUGAUGAUCUGAUACUUGUUGCUGAAAUGGAAUCUGAGAGUGUAAGACAGAAAGUAACUGCACAUGUAAUUGGUUCCAUGCUUGUCCAAUGCUGCUGCAAUUUACAGAUGAAGGAAAAAUAUUUUUCAGUGGCUCUCAGAGUCUUUCAUUUCUUGGAUGAAAAAAUACAAAAUCUCAGAGCUUGUCAUCCUGAAGAGGAAACUCCCUCAAAUUGGUCUUUUGAAAUGAUAAAGGAAAGUUUGGUGCCAGUGGGCUUAUUAACUACAUACAUAGAAAAGCUCAAUAGUGACCGAAGUGUUGAUGCAGAGGAGGCAGCUAUAUUUGUGUUUUUACUGAGAAGCUUCAUUAAUGAACUAAAACCUCCUCCAUCCUUUCCAAAAGAAGAAACUUGGUGGAAUCCUGAAUCUCUAAAUCAAGAUUGCAAGGACUACCUGCACCUCCUUUUGGGGCUAUUUGACCUACUUGUUUGCGGUGCUAGUGAGGGGAGCAAUGCUGUUCAGUACCGAGCAUUGAUGAAUCUCUUGUUCAAGGUGCACCUGAAAGAUACAGAGGUUCUCUUCAAAUUCCUUUCAGUUCUAUGGACUUAUAGCUUUAGCCUUUCAAAUCAUCUGAAUUAUGAAGUCAGUGCAAUGCUACAGACUCGAGCUCUGUAUAUUGGCUACGCAGUGCUCGUAUCUCAGACUAACCAAAAGAAGAAACUGCUGUUAUCACCAUCAUCUCCAGUGGUGAUAUCUCUGCUAAUUAAUUUGGGUAGUCCUGUGAGUGAAGUUCGAAGGGCUGCUCUCAAUUGCUUCCAUUCCUUGAGCAGUAUGAAAGAGUCUCUAUUUCAUCCUGUUCUUCAGCAUGUGGGGCAAAAAACAGAGGAGAUCAUAUCUGACCCUACAUACAUAACACAGAUUAUGGCAAUCCUAUUUGAAGAACUUCAGACUCAAGCAAAGCAGAAAUCCCAGAAGAAGAAGCUGACAGAAGCCUUGGAAAGCGUAGUCGAUUGUGUACAAAGCCCUAUUUGCCCAUCGUAUGUUGCAAGAAACUUAAUGAAAAUUCUUCAUGAAGUUCAUGGUGAGAUGAUUCUUACUCACCUUCUGCCUGCACUGGACCGGUUGCUUGAGAAGGUCAUGAAAGAACCUGAGACAAUGUUGAAAGAUGAAGUUGUUCUCCUGCACUUCAUACUUGGGAAGUUCAGUGAACACUCAGCAGCCCUCUUGUGCAAGAAUCAGCAGAGUCUGGAUUUAUUCAUCAAAAGUCUACAUGCUGCCACAAAAAUCUAUGAAGAAGUUCCACCUUUCCAGAUCACAGCACUUGGACGGAUUACUAAACCGUUCUUUGCAGCUUUGUCAGAUGGGAGGGUGCAACAGAAGCUACUGAAAGUAUUGUUUGACUUACUGUUAAACUGUAAGAACCCACUUUGUGCCCAGACAAUUAGCAGUGUGUUUAAAGGGAUUUCUGUGUGUGCUGAGCAGAUCGUUACAGAAAUUGAGCCUCCUGAGAAAACCAAAAGUCUGGCCACUGUUCAGCAAACCAGAAGGCAGAAAAUGCAGCAACAGAAAAAGCCUCCAGAUGCAGAAUUGGCACCAGAAACAAGCAACUUCAGCUGGCAGAGGGUUAUGCUUGUUCUGGAAUUACUACAGCACAAGAAAAAGCUUAAACGUCCACAGGCACUGGUACCUGUGCUCUUUAACCUGCUGAGCCGGUGUCUGGAACCUCUGGCAUCAGAAGAAGAAAAUAUGGAAUAUACAAAACAGUUGAUCCUCAGCUGCUUGUUAAACAUCUGUCAGAAACUGUCACCAGAUGGCAGCAAGAUCCCAGCAGAUGUCCUUGACAAAGAAAAAUUCAACGUGGAACUGAUAGUUCAGUGCAUCAGGAUAUCUAAAAUGCCCCAGACACACCACCAUGCACUGCUUCUCCUUGGUGCUGUUGCUGGCAUGUUUCCUGAUAAAGUUCUCCAUAACAUCAUGCCCAUUUUUACAUUCAUGGGAGCGAAUGUAUUGCGUCUGGAUGACACUUACACGUUCCAAGUAAUAAAUAAGACAGUGCAGAUGGUUAUUCCUGCUCUUAUACAGGCUGAAGACAGUGAUUUGUCAGAGUCCUCAAGGGGUGUGGAAGAGGUAGUAAUAAAAAUCAUCCGUGUGUUUGUGGAUGCCCUGCCCCAUGUGCCAGAGCACCGGCGCCUGCCCAUCCUGGCCCAGCUGAUCACUACAGUGGGAGGAGACAGAUUCCUCUGGGUUCUCCUGGUGCUGCUGUUUGAGCAGUAUGUGACCAAAACUGUGACUGUGACAGCAAGCACAGACAAGGAUGCUGUGCUGGAAGCAGACACUGAAUUUUGGAUUUCCAUCUGUUGUGAAUUCAGCGUACAUUGUCAGUUCCAAAGCAUGAUGAAAAUAAUCCAGUACUUGACAGAGCUACCAGAGAAUAAAGAAGAUGAUCCUGGGCCAAAAAAGUCAAGAACGUGCAAGACAAAGUUAAAAAACCAGGAUGGGCAGCUUUUUAAUGUAGAGGCUCACUCGGACAAACAGUUUCGACAUUUCAAAUACUUGUCAGUCUCCUUCAUGUCGCAGCUUCUGUCUUCUCAGAGUUUGGUGGAAAAGGUAGUUGAAUGUGAAGAAACAGAAGAGCUACAGAAGUUGGAACAGAGGCUGUUAGAAGAUGUCCUUCACUACAUAAACACAGUGGCAUCCUCGGUGGAAGGAAACGCAGACAAACCAACAGCUAAAUUUUGGAGGGUUCUGCUUAACAAGUCCUAUGAUAUGCUGGAUAAAGUCAAUGCUUUAUUGCCAACAGAAACCUUCAUCCCUGUAAUUAGGGGACUCAUGACAAAUCAGCUCCCAUCCGUGAGACGUAAGGCAAUGGACCUUUUGAAUAAUAAGGUUCAGCAGCGCACAAAGUGGCAGAAGAGCCAGGUCCGGCAGCUUUUGGAAUUAGUUCCUGAGCUCAUAGCUAUUGUGCAGUGCAAAAGAAAGGAUGAGGAGGAGGAGCAAGUCAUCAACAGGCAGACUGCUCUGUUCAGCCUCAAGCUGCUCUGCAAAGGUUUUGGCACAGAAAAUCCACUGCCAUUUGUACGUGUUCUGAAAACUGCCAUUGAUCUGGUAUCUUCAGAGAAGGAGGAAAAGAACGUGAUGGGAAGUGCUUUGCUCUGUAUAGCUGAGGUCACCUGUACACUGAAGGCACAAGCAAUCCCUCAGCUUCCAAGGCUCAUGCCAGCAUUACUGAAGACUUUACAAAAUAAGAAGGAGCUGAUCUCCAAUGAGAUUUACUUGCUGAGUGCCGUGACUGCUCUGCUGAAGGUUGCAGAAACAUUACCACACUUCCUCAGUCCUUACCUUACAGAUUGUUUGCUGCAGGUUGUCCGAUUGGAAAAGAUGAUGGUUGAAUUUGGUCCUUCUUCCCAGAUAAGCUUACGUGUAACAUCAUUGAAAACUAUCCUAGCUACAAAGCUUGCUCCCAGAAUACUCCUGCCUGCAGUUACUAAGUGCUACAGUGAAGUGGUGAAUACCAGGAAGAACUGCGUGGGUCCCCUUAUGAAUGUUCUGAAGGAGCACAUCACUGUGAUGGAGAAGGACAACCUAAUAUCCCAUCAGGUGGAGCUGACAGCAUUUUUCGUGAAAGCCCUGGAUUACCGAACAGAGCAUGCCCAGGAUGACUUGGACAAAGUUGGUAGAACAGAAACUUACAUUAUUGAUUGUCUAAUAAGUAUGGUUAUGAAACUUUCUGAGACAUCUUUCAGACCCCUCUUCUUCAAGCUUUUUGACUGGUCCAAAACUGAGAGUGCCCUAAAGGACAGACUGCUGACAUUCCACCGGUUGGCAGACUGCAUUGCAGACAAGCUCAAGGGUCUCUUUACCCUGUUUGCUGGUCACUUAGUGAAGCCAUUUGCUGAGACGCUGAACCAGCUCAAUGUUUCUAAAACUGAUGAAGCUUUCUUUGACUCUGAGAACAGCACUGAAAAGAGCUGUUUACUGCUGCAGUUCACCGUGGACUGUCUGCAUAAGCUCUUCCUGUUUGAUACCCAGAAGUUCCUGAGUAAGGAAAGAGCAGAAACCCUGAUGACGCCUCUAGUUGAUCAGCUGGAGAACAUGCUUGGAGGAGAUGAGAAGUUCCAAGAAAGAGUGACAGCACACCUGGUACCCUGCAUAGCUCAGUUCUCGGUGGCAAUGGCAGAUGAUUCUCUUUGGAAACCACUUAAUUACCACAUCCUGCUGAAAAUGAGGCACACUUCUUCUAAGGUCCGAUUUGCUGCCCUGCUUGCUUUGCUCGAAGUUGCAGAAAAACUGAAGGAGAACUACCUGGUCCUGCUACCAGAAUCAAUUCCAUUUUUAGCUGAGCUUAUGGAAGAUGAAUGUGAAGAAGUUGAACAGCAGUGUCAGAAAACCAUUCAGCAAUUGGAAGUCAUUUUGGGAGAACCACUCCAAAGCUACUUCUAAAGUUUAUCCCCUUUGUUUUUAUACAUUGUCUGAAUUGUGUUAACUUCACGUGUGCCAUGUGUUACUGGCAAAUUGUCAUACUGAUUUUUAUCCCAUCUAAGAUCUUAACUUUUUUAAUAAAGCCAUGUUUUUACAGUAGUUCUAUCA